AUGUUUGGAUGUCCAGAGACAGUUUUGUUUUUUGCCAAAGAAAGAUUAGAUGAGAUAGCAAAGGUCAGAACAGAGGGAGAAGCAUCUUCUCAAAUGGGAAGAAAGCAUUUUUAUGGUCCAGCUUUAGGGACAACCUUAAACACAGUAACCCCUUGUGCUGCAUGUAAGCUUUUGAGAAGAAGGUGUGCUGAAGAAUGUCCUUUCUCUCCUUAUUUCUCACCACAUGAGCCUCAAAAGUUUGCAGCUGUUCAUAAAGUGUUUGGUGCAAGCAAUGUCUCUAAGAUGCUAAUGGAGGUACCAGAGGGCCAAAGAGCUGAUGCAGCAAAUAGUCUUGUUUAUGAAGCUAACUUGAGGUUGAGAGAUCCUGUAUACGGAUGCAUGGGUGCAAUAUCAGCUUUGCAGCAACAUGUUCAAUCUUUACAAGCACAACUAAAUGCAGUAAGGGAUGAGAUACUAAAAUACAAAUAUAGAGAGGCUGCUACUCUUCUUUCUUCUCAUGCUGCUUUGGUUUCUUCUGCUGAUGCAGCAAUUCCUGCAGGUUCACAAGGUCUUUCUCAACCUCCUCCUCCUCCUCCACCACCAAAACCAUUACCUUCUCCUCCUGUUGUUCUUUCAUCCUUGUCUUCAUCUUCAACUUCUGUAUACACUACAUCUAAAAGCACAAUGAGCCAUGGAUCCAUUUCCAGUGAAAAUGUUCCAUACUUUGUUUAG